AUGCUAGUGACGCUCCUCGCGGCGAAGAAUCGCUGGGGCAGGAGCUUCUCCACUUGCGGCAGCGAUGAUCGUCUCAAGGAGACAUUCGCCAGGCUACUCCGGGAAUGCGCGAGCUCUAGGGAUCUCUGGGCGGGGAGGAGGAUCCACGCCCAGAUCGAUUCCAGCGGGCUCAAGAGCGACAUCUACCUCGCGAAUUUGCUCGUCCAGAUGUAUGGCAAAUGCGGGAGCCUCGGCGACGCGCGCAGGAUCUUCGACGCCAUCGCUCGCCCCAACGAUUUUUCCUUCAACAUCAUCAUCACUGCCUAUGCCCAGAACGGGGCCAUCGAUCAGGCCGAGACGUUCUUCCACCGCUUUCCCAGAUUGAACGCGGCAUCCUGGAAUGCCAUGGUCACCGCGCAUGCCCAGGCUGGGAAUCUGGCGAAGGCAAAGGACUUCUUCGAUCGAAUGCCAGGGCGAGACAUCAUCUCCUGGAACGCAUUGAUGCAAGCUUCCGGAGAGGCAGCGACGAUCUUUGAUCGGAUGCCCGGCCACAAUCUUGUCUCCUGGAACACCAUUCUCUCCGCAAAUGCCCAAGACUGGCACUUGGAAUCAGCCAAGGAGAUCUUCGCGGCCAUGCCGAUGAAGAACGAAAUCUCCUGGACGUCGAUGAUCCAGGCCUAUGGCCAGCGCGGCCACUCCGAGGCGCAGAACCUCUUCAUGAUCAUGCCCACCUGGAAUAUCGUCGCGUGUACCGCGAUGAUCACCGCGUUCUCCCAGCGGGGAAAUCUCCAGGAAUGCGAGCGAAUCUACAAAUCCAUGCCGGAGCACGACGCGAUCGCUAGCAACGCGAUGAUCGCCGCGUGCUCCACCAGCGGCGAUCUCGAUCAAGCAGAGAGAAUCUUUCACAAUAUGGCGGAGAGGAACACAGCGUCGUGGAAUGCCAUGGUAGCAGCAUAUGCCCAAAACGGGCAUUUGGAGUAUACGAAGCGUGACUUUGAUACCGCCCAGUGCCGGGACGUGAUUACCUGGAACACUAUGAUCGCGUCGUACGCCAUUUAUGGCCACAUGGCGAUGGCCAAGGCUCUGUACAACACCUCGCCGGCGUGGAACAUCGUCUCGUUGAAUGCCAUGCUCUCGGCAUUUGCCUUAGAAGGGCUCUUGGAUGAAGCGGGAGAUCUCUUCGCCGCGAUGCGCGAGCGCGACGUCGUGUCGUGGAACGCGCUGCUCUUCGGCUAUGGCCAGAAUGGCAAUAUGGAGGACGCGCGCAAGGUGUUCUUGCGAUCGCCCAGAGGAACGCCGUGUCCUGGAACUCGAUGA